AGUGAUAAAAUUGACAUGUUUGGUGUCAUACAGACAUGAAGCAAUAAUCAAUUUGUUCACAUCUUUCACAAAACCAUCAACGCACAAAAAUCUCAGUGAUACAACCAAAUCAACAAACUCUUCACACACUCAGUACUUCACAUCAAGGUCCAGCCGAUUCAAUGGCCGUAGACAACUUAACUGCAGUCCAAUACGGGAUAAACGACAUCAAAUUGGAACAGCGACCGAUUCCAGAACCCACAGAUGAUCAGGUCCUGCUCCAAAUGGAAGUGGUAGGCAUUUGCGGUUCCGACGUCCACUACUUAACCGAAGGAAGAUGUGGCCCUUUCGUGAUGAAUGGACCCAUGAUAUGCGGACACGAAGCCUCAGGAACAGUCUCUAAAUGCGGAAAAAACGUCAAAAACCUGAAACCAGGCGACAGAGUAGCCAUCGAACCUGGAGUUCCCUGUCGCAAGUGCGAAUUGUGCAGAAUAGGCAAGUACAACCUCUGCCCUGACAUGAAAUUUUGCGCUACCCCUCCCAUCGACGGCAACCUAUCCAGAUUCUAUUGCUCGGACGCAGAUUACUGCUUCAAGCUGCCGUGUAAUAUGACCCUAGAGGAAGGAGCUCUGAUGGAACCUCUUUCAGUGGGAGUACAUGGCGCAAAGUUGGGCAGAGUCAAAAUGGGCCAUGUCUGCUUCGUGGAAGGAUGCGGUCCCAUCGGACUAUCCAUGAUGGCGUCCGUCAAAGCUUGGGGUGCUUCUAAGGUUCUCAUCACCGACCUGCUGGAAAACAGGCUGCAGGUCGCCAAGAAAAUGGGUGCGGACUAUACGCUGAAAAUAGAAGAAAGCAUGACUGAGGACGACAUAUGUAAGAAGGUGCUGGAAAUCUUAGGCGAAGAACCUCAUGCCAGCUUCGAUUGUGCUGGUGGUGAAAAAUGUACUAGAGUUGCCCUCAGAGUUACUAGAGCGGCGGGGGUGGUAGUGAUCCUAGGAAUGCGAGAGUUGGAGAUGAAUCUUCCUCUUGCGGACGCGCUGAUCAAAGAGAUCGAUAUCAGGGGAUCGUUUAGAUAUAAUAAUGAUUAUGCGGAUGCUAUAGAAAUGGUGAGAACUGGAAGAGUGAAUGUGAAACCCAUGAUCACUCAUCAUUUCAAGAUGGAAGAUACGGUGAAGGCGUUCGAAACGGCUAGAGAUCGCAUUGGGGAUCCCAUCAAGAUACAUAUUCAUACUAACCCCAAGUGGAAUCCUUGAAUAUUGCAUGAAUUUCAGAAUAUGACAUUUAUAUUUUUGAA